AUGCUCCAAUCAGACUCUGAAAAUGGCCAAGAAAGCGGUAAACGGACAUUUGAGGACGACGGGCAGAACGCUUCAUCCAAGAGACGGUCUAGCCUGGUGAAUCACCAACGAGCACUUAAAGCCUGUGAAGCUUGUCGCAAGGGCAAAACAAAAUGCUUCAAAUCCUCCAGUGUUGCCGUCCGAUGUGUUCGUUGCACCAGCUCAAAGCUUGAGUGUCUGUUGGAGUUGGAAUAUAAGCUAUAUAAUCCGUCGGUCACCAUCAUCGAUGGCAUUCCCGAGCACUUGCUCGAUGCACCGACAAACCAAAAACUCGACCGCAUCUACAGAGGGGUGUCGGAUAUUUUGGCCAUCAUGACAGCCCUGCUGAAAAGCACCGGCGCGUUGCCUUUGGUGAACAACGACGUGAAGCUCUUGUUAGAUGCGGCAAACUCAAUGAAGAAAACUUCAGAGAUUUCCACCCCCCUCGAAUUGUCCGACUCCGCGGACUUUCUUUCGUCCUCUCAAUCUUUCAGGAUAUCUCCUCUCAGCGUGGUUUCGAACUCAAUUGGACACAUACCUCUGUCAAUAGCAAAUCUUCUAAACCUAUCAUCUCUCAGAGCUCAGAGUUUCAGUCCUUCCCGAAAAACUCAGUAUGACAUAAUCACCUGCGGAAUUCUUCCAGAAAAUGAAGUUAUUGCUUUGAUGGAUGAUUUCAGAAGCAACUAUGGACGAUGGGUACUGUUCCCGAUACUGAUCUCCACAAAAAUACUCGUCAAUCAAAUAAGACGAAAGUCCUCUUUACUUCUCAGCACAUGCUGCUCGUUAUCUUUGAGAUAUCUGCUAAACGGUGAACCAAGUCCCGGUGAUAUUGAUUCCCAUCGCAGAAAAAAAGACGCAUACAGAGCAGUGAUCAAGCACUUGGUGCAAGAUUUGAACAAGUCACUACUAAAAUACGCCGCUUACCAAAGUUCCAAGGAAAUUGGAGAGGAUGUCGAGUUUUUCCAGUCCAUGGUGAUUCUUUCGAUUUACUCUCUAUCUUUGUCUUCCAUUGUAUCUAAUACGGUAGACCCCGAAUCACUUUUGGAUGAAGAUUUGGAAUUGCGUCAUUUGAAUCUAGAUCCUUGGUACUUAUCAGGUCUAGCACUCUCGACUUUCAUAUCGAAAUCAACAUUUGGCAAAUUAUUUGAAACGUCUGAUGGAUCUACAAAACUGUCUCCACAAUACGUUGCCAUGUAUGAUGAGCUCACCACCGAGUAUAGCCAGAUUUUGACUCUUCUUCGAAUCUACAAUCAUUUGAUCCUUGUUCAUUUAGUAAGCUGUGUUCUCAGUGGACGAAUGUGUCUAGUUGAUGAAAUAAGGCUCAAUCAAUGUACCUCGGCAUUGAGCUUGCCCAGUGCUACAAACUUUGAUGGAAGAAUGGUGAGCGAGAUUGGAGUUUUACUCAUUACCUACAACUUCAUCCAAAUAAACUCAAACUUGGAUUUGAGCAAAGGCACGAGUCAGCUUGAGACUAGCUUGGAAGCAGUGGAAGCCGACUUCCAAGCUUGGCACGAGCAGUGGGGAUACCUUUUUGAACAGCCUGUCCUACAGUUCGGUGAGUUUUGUUUUAACUUUUGUGACUUGCAGAUCGUAUACAACUACGUUUACUAUAAAGGACAAGCGAACUCUGGGGAUGAAAUUCUCACAAGAUACAAUGGCAAAGAAUUCUGUGAAUCGCAAAACUUAAUGAGACUACUAAAGCAUGCUGCUGAUGCAGAUCUAUCCAAAAUUCUUCUCCGAUCCUUCACUUUGACGCAUUUCGUAACUAAAGUGGAUAAUGAUUCAUAUUUUGCAUAUCUAUCUGAUCAGAUACACUUUUUCUUUUUCUAUGGUGCGAUAUCCUUGGUCACAACUUUGAAAAUCCUAAGCGAUGAAAGCAAGCUCUCGCUUCUAAAAUCAUUACCAACAGAGCAUCUGGGUAGUCAUACAAUGAAGUCUAUCCUCAAAAUUGUCAAGUUGUUGACCCAGAAGUUCGAAAAAGUGGCUCAAGAUAACCCAAAUGAUAUCAUUACUCAAUACAAGAAUGGAAUCCGUGAUUGCGUGGAACGUCUAUCUCCUGUUCCAUGA